CAACCACUCAUGCCUGCAGCACAAGCACAGUAUCUAUGAUUCUCCUCCACCGUGACAGCUGAGGGGUGGCUGAGGAUGACUAAUGUUACCAUCAGGGUGAGAUUGGCAUCAGCUAAAUGACACGAGAGCCAUGCAGGAUGACAAUGGAUGCUCUGCAACUAGCUAACACUGCCUUUGCAGUUGAUAUGUUCAAAAAGCUGUGUGAGAAGGACAAAACAGCCAACAUUAUUUUUUCCCCACUGUGUACCUCAACGUCUCUGGCUCUGGCAUACAAAGCUACGAAAGGUGAUACUGCAGACCAGAUGAAACAGGUGCUCCAUUUACAAGAUGUCAAAGAUGUUUCUUUUGGGUUUCAAACAAUAACUUCAGAUGUUUCCAAACUCAGCUCUUUCUUUGCACUGAAAAUGGUCAAACGGCUCUUUGUAGACAAGUCCCUCAAUCCUACCACAGACUUUGUCAAUUCCACAAAGAGACCUUUUCCAUCUGAACUGGAAUUAGUGGAGUUCAAAGAAAAAACUGAGGAAACGCGAGAAAAGAUCAACAAAUCCCUUUCAGAGCUGACUGAUGGGAAAAUGGAGAAUGUUUUGAAAGAGGAUAGUGUAAGUGACCAGACUCAGAUCCUUCUUGUUAACGCAGCUUAUUUUGUCACAAACUGGAUGAAGAAGUUCCCAGAGGCAGAGAUCAAAGAAUGUCCUUUUAAAGUCAACAAGACUGAAACUAAACCAGUGCAGAUGAUGAAUCUGGAGGCUACUUUUUGCCUGGGCUAUGUGAAAGAUUUAAACGUUGCCAUCCUUGAGCUCCCAUGCCUUAACAAACAUAUAAGCAUGCUCAUUCUCCUGCCCAAAGAGAUUGAAGAUGAGACCACUGGCUUGGAGAAGCUGGAAAAGGCACUGACCCCUGAGACAUUAUUACAGUGGACGAAUCCCAGCAUGAUGGCCAACACUAAAGUGAAUGUAUUUCUUCCAAAGUUUAGUGUGGAAGGUGACUAUGACCUGAAGCCACUUCUGGAAAGCCUGGGAAUGACAAAUAUCUUCAACGAAAGUGCAUCAGAUUUCUCUGAGAUGUGUGAGACAAAAGGUGUGGUUGUGUCAAAGAUCAUCCAUAAAGUCUCCUUGGAAGUAAAUGAACAAGGUGGCGACUCCCGAGAGGUACCAGGAUAUCGGAUUCUGCAGCACAAAGAUGAAUUUAAAGCUGAUCAUCCAUUUAUCUUUUUGUUUAGACACAACAAAACUCGCAAUGUGAUUCUUUCAGGCCGAUUCUGUUCUCCUUAAGCGAGGCAUGUUCAUUACAAAAGAGCACAAUUACAUUUGUGGUGGUGCACGCUCCUGUAAAGCUUUUCUUCCUGACUAUCACCUUGGAAAGGAAAUCUUAGAGGUUCAUAUAUUGGCUGAGUAAAACAAUGUACUCUACAUAUGCAGCAGAACUAGUUUCUCUCCUUUUGUUUCCUCCCCUUUGGCGGAAUAGUUUCCACUGUGAAGAACACAUUGUAUUUUAUUGAGAAGUAUCCCAGCUUCAGCAACAAGAACAUUUGGUUCCUCUGUGAUACUUUUUUCCCCAAAUGAACUGAACUGACAGCCUGAUUUAAGAUAGCCCAGGAGCUGGAAAGGGCUCUAGGAGGAAGACCUGCAUUCCUGCUCUCUAGUGAAACCUCUCUCCCUCGUGACUCACACUCCCUGGAUUCCUAAUGCCCAAAAGGGGAAAUGUGGACACACGGUAUAGCUCUCUGCCUGUACCUGGCCACACUCUGGUGGUCCAGGGUGCCCUACCAGACCCUGCAGCACCCAGUGAAGCAGUGCACAAGUUCUGCAGCAUAGCUACAACAGUUCAGGCUGGCACCAAAAUUUGCAUCUGUGAAAGAGCAGCUGCACUGAGGCCUAUGGACACCAGAGGCAAAAAUCAAGGGGACAGUAUGUGUCCCCAGAAGACUCUUCAGCAUGAAGUUCUAGACUGGGGAGGUUGAACUCUGCUGUGUGGCCUUCUUUGACUCAUUCCCUUCAGACAUGGAAGAUGGGACAAGUUCACUGCAGCUACGAGGAACCUUGUUGUAUAUAUCCCAAGGAAAAGAACAUUAUGCAAAUCAAGGAUAGAAGACAGUUGGAUUAAUACUGGAAGUGCUACACUUUCCAUGCACAGAUUAUCUGCCAUUUCCAGCUCUGGAUUUAGCAUUAAGGAAACUCCUUACAGUUACUUAAUGUCUAAAGCACAAGAAAGAAAUAAGGACUUCAACUUCAGAGAAAUUAACAUUGUAAUUACUAGUCUUCAAAUUCCACAUGAGAUUAUGGUAAUCAGAUUUAAUUUCUAUCUAAAGACUGCCUGCUGCAUAUGUUCAGUACUCAUUUGCCUAAUUACUGUUCAGAAUAAAGCACUAUAAAACCUGUGUCAAAUGUACAAUACCUCUAGCAUCAGUCUCUGUGUUCACUGACUGUGUCAGUGUUCAUGCCUGACUUUCAGUAAAUUAUAAGAAUUGAAAUAAGCAGAUUCACUUAGGCCACAAAGUCAAAAUAACAAAAAAAAGGAACUAAGUGAAUGUUUGGAUCUCCCUUCUGUGCCACAUGAUGAUAGUUCCCAGUAAGGACUAUG